AUGGCUGCUCCCCCGACUGAACCAGGCUCUUCAAGCCAACAGGUUAUGACUGCCCAAGUUACGGAAGCUACUCCGCUGAGUAGGGGUGUCGGCCACAGCACACUCGAAGGAGAACUGAGGGGCCCAGAUUAUGGUGGCCAGCAGUCUAUGCCGCCACAGCUGCCGAACGGAGUGACAAGGGCCUCUCCCACGUCUUCUAUGCGCACGGUGGAUGGUAUAGAGUCGUUGCCCUACAGUCCUGCAGUGGAUUCUUCGACCAGACCGGGUCAGGCUUUUUUCCAAGAGGCCUGGCCAGCCCAACCGCGAGACCCCGAUGUGGGAUCAUCGGAAUCCAGAAGUGGAGAAGGUGUACCAGCAGCUUUCAGGUGGGUGCAUCGACUUGGUGAUUUUCUACGUUCGCACUCUGCGAUGGAAACCUUUACAACGAUGACAAGGCAACAGCCGGUGAGCCCAGCUAAUGGUGGCGGAGGUUUCGUGCUGCAACAGCAGAGGGUGCAGAGGACAACAUCGCCUACGGCAUCCCGUUCUGGAAGGCAGUUGGAUGGAAGUGCGACCGACCAAGGAGGAGGUCUACCAUUGCCGGUGGAAGAGAGUCCGCCGUUGUUCGGACGAGCAGCAGCAAGGAGGAUGGAGGAGUGGGCAGCGCAAGCUCCGCUGCUUCAUGGAUCCAGUUCUCGACCAGCUCUUCAAGAUGACGUUUCGUCGAACUCUAUACCACGUGAAGUGGUGGAAGAGGAGGUUCGGCGCCAAGUUCAGCUGGCUCUCCAGAGCCACCAACAAGGGAUGAUGGAUCUGCGAGAAGAAAAUCAGCGACUUCGGGAUCGGUUGUCGUCUACUCCUACGGUUUCGUACCUGAAGGCACUCGGGCUCAUCCGGCAGAGCAUGGAGUAUCAGGCGGUGAUCGGGCCUUUGCAACCAGUCGCGCAGUACCAGAAGGCAAUCGGGCUUAUCCUGCAGAUCAUGGAGUAUCAGGCGGUGAUCGGGCCUUUGCAACCAGUCGCGCAGUACCAGAAGGCAAUCGGGCUUAUCCUGCAGAUCAUGGAGUAUCAGGCGGUGAUCGGGCCUUUGCAACCAGUCGCGCAGUACCAGAAGGCAAUCGGGCUUAUCCUGCAGAUCAUGGAGUAUCAGGCGGUGAUCGGGCCUUUGCAAUCAAUCAACCAGUACCUGAAGGCACUCGGGCUUAUCCUGCAGAUCAUGGUGUAUCAGGCGGUGAUCGGGUCGUCUGAGAGAGCCGCUCAGGAGCUUGAGCGCAGAUCGAAGGCCAAGGUUGGCACGGAGUCCAACACGCGGUGUCCUACAAUCGCCGAGGGUGGGGAUCUUCGACAAGGUCUGAGUGAUGGAGAUAUUGGCGGUGUUCGUCCCACUGAAGCUGCCUAUCGGCCUUCGCCCACAGUGGAAGGGGUCACGUUCGGAGACUAUGGUCUUGGUUAUCCUCCUGGUCUGGGAGUACAACCUCCUCGAGCACCUCGAGAAGAACUGGUGGAUCGUGGCGGCGUCCAAGGCUCUACUCCGACAGAGGAACCGAAGGAACCUGAGAAGGGGGCCGCAGCCCCUAACCCUCUGGAUGUGCUGAUCACGGGGAUGAGUCAGCUGCAGCAGGUCUUGCUCAAGCAGAAGGGUGAGACCAUGGACCUCGAGCCGAAGGCGGUACAGGAGUUGGCUAAGCUUCCAGAGUACACCCCGGAGUCCGGCGCUACAGACUUUCAGGACUACUUGUACCUGGCGGAGCAGCAGAUUGGGAGCCUGGCAUCGGGAGCGGGGGACUGGUGGCAACGGACGUUGAGUGUGGCCCAGAAGGCUUAUGCGGAGUACCAGUCCCUGUCGCCGAUGAAACGACUAAGUGUGCAGGUGACUUUGCCCGCGGACCUACGGGAGGACAAGUACAAGCGACUGGAGCGCAAGGUGGCUUCCUUGAUGUUGGGGUCUUUACCUCGCGGAGUUCGAGAUGAGCUUGUGGCGCACAGAGUGCAGGGGGUCCAUCAGAUCCUCUUCAGGUUGAUGGUGGUCUUCCAACCGGGCGGUGCUCAGGAUCGCGCACAGCUUCUUCGGCAGUUGGAUGUGAACGAGUCCAGCGCGGGCCCAGCAGAGGCGGUGAUAGCAAUCCGGCGAUGGUACCGGCUCCUCCAGAGGGCAUCCGACCUCAACAUAGCGUUGCCAGAUGAGUCGCUGCAGGUGAGGUCGUUGUCUAACAUCGUAAAGAAGACCGCGGACCAGUAUGCCGACUUCAAGUUCCGAGUGGCUUUGGCAAAGACGGAGCUGCAGAUUGACUCGAGGCCGAGUCAAUCAAACGUGAUGAGGUUCCUCCAGCACCUUUUGGCGGAGCUUGAGCAGUUGGGUGGCGGGUCCAGACGCGGCCCAGCAACCACGUCCUCUACUACCACAGCGGGAUCUGGAGCGACGGCUCCCGCGGGCUCUUCUACCACCUUGAAGGGAAUGCAGCAGAGCGUUGAGGAUGCAAAGGGCAAGGGAAAGGCUACGCCCCCUGCGCCUAAGAAGGCUUGCCAGUGGUUUGGUACCGAUGCUGGAUGCAGGAAUGGCAAGUCGUGUGGGUUUACCCACUCGUGGCAAGGGUUGAACCGUACAGAGCGAUGUUUGCUCUGUGGGAGCAAGCAGCACCGGGCGAAGGAUUGCGCUACGAAGGACAAUCCGCCUUCGCCUACACGUGCUCCACCUCCACCACCAAAGGCGACGGCAGCAGCUUUAUCCACUACUUCUUCGACCACGGCUGUGAGCGGAACUCCGGCGGCGAAGGCGGCUGCGGUGCCACCGAUUGUGGUUCCUGAUUCGGCCCCCCCCAUUGGGAGCGCUACCUCUAAUGGAAACAAGAUCGACGCGGCCAAGAUGACGGAGAUCCUGACCGAGACGAACCGGAUGCUGAAGACCUUGACGGAGCAGCAGGUUUCGGAACCAUCUACUACGGCACCUCCCACGGAUCCUCUGGUGUUGAUUCAGCAGCAGUUGGAUGAGGUUCGAAGGAUGAAGGUGAUUCAAGUGAAGGGACCUGAGAGUUCUACGGCGCCCUUCUCCAGUGCGGUGGCUUGGUAUGAAGCAAGGUUGAGUGCUUCUACGUGUGCUCAGCCCUCCGCUGCUGAGGAGGGCGAAGCGCUCUUGGACAGCGGGGCCAGCCACGCUUACAGACCAGCCUUGUUACCUCAAGAUGCUACGACAACCAAGACGGUUACGGUGACAUUGGCGACUGGAGAAGAGCGGAAUCUUGCUCAGACGGGCGGCGGCACGCUACUGGGGGAAGAAGGGUCAGAAGCCAUUGUUCCGAUGGGGCAGCUGGUGCGACUUCUGGGUUGCCGCAUUUCAUGGACUCCGUCGAAACUUACUGUUAUCCACCCAGUCCAUGGACGCUUGCAAGUUCGACUAAGGGGCCAGUGUCCGGUGAUGCCCGUUUCCCAGGCGAUGACCUUGAUUUCGGAGCUCGAAGAAGCAAGGAUAAGGGAGUUUGAGAAGACCGUUGCAGACCUGAGGUCUCAGGUGCGUGUGCUCCGUGAACGGGGCAGGGAAGAUUGGAGCUGGCAGCGGCACUUGAAGUCGUUCUGUGAAGAGGGCGACCGUACGUCUAUGGCAGGUUUCCUUCACACGUGCCCGGUCUUUGCGGCCCUUCCCCCAGAAGUUCUACUUGGUCUUCCUGAGGCAGUUCCGCCGACCUUGAAGGAUGGGUGGAAGAUGCUGAAGGGGCUGCCUUGGUCCCGAGCGAAGCGCAAGGUUUUGUUCCAGAGUGACAGCUGGGUUGUCCACCUGUGUGCGGGAGACAAUCGAUCUUGGGAGGCUAAGGAGCAGCAGUCUAUGAGACGGGCUAUGUGGAGUAGUUCCUUGACCGGGAGCGAUGUGAUCGUCGAUGUGGACAUCGCAGACUCCAAGCACAUGGAUUUGUUACAGCAAGGUGCUGUGUUUCGUGUGUUGGCCUGGGCCGCGAUGCAUGGAAAGAUCAAGGCGGUUGUUGGCGGGCCCCCAAGGCACGGCUUCCCGUCUGCUGAGAAGGAGGUGAACUAUACACCGCAUCAACUCAAGGAAAUGAAGUUGGCAGUGCGCCUUCUGUCCUUGUGGUACAUUGCUGAAGCCGGACGAUGUGAGGCUUGGAAAAAGGGGGCAUUGAAGCAGAUGCCUUUGAAACCUCACGUUGGACUGAUGUUGGAGCACCCGGCGGCGCAAGAGGGGCAGCGUUCAAUCUUUGAUCACUUGAUCUGGAAGUCCUUCGCUGAGGAAGAGCUGAUGGGAGAGGUGAAGAUCAUGAUGAAUGGCCGAAAAACAGUCCUGGGGAGCAACUUAAACCUUUGGCAUCUUGAAGGGGCUUCUUUCGGGGCGCUGACCCCGGGAACUCCUGGUUGUUCAGUGUGGCCGAUGGAGCUGGUGGCUCAUGUUGCUGGUGCUCUAAGGAGUUGGGCGGGACUACGUCAUCGUGAAGGACUCUUGGCCUCGCUAACAAGAAGGUUGCAAUCUUCCGAGGAUGCAAAGGGUGGCUUGGCAAAGUUUGAUGUGGCCGAAUGGAAGCUACAUUUGCAACGUGAUCAUCUGCCCUACAGGAGAGACUGUCGGGUUUGCAUCGAGCGAGCCAGUGGAAAACCUCACCGCAAGGUCACGCACCCGUCGGCGUACAGUUUGGCAGUGGAUGCAGCUGGUCCCUUCAGAGUGAAGGGCGCGGGUGGCUACAAGUACCUGAUGGUCGGUUGCUACAGAUUUCCUAAGAUGGCGGGAAUUGGAGAGAAAAAGGAACCGGCAGUUCCUGAUGGAGAGAUCGCUCCCGGCCCCGAUGAUGGUGGCGAUUGGAUUUCUGACGGCGAUCCAGUUGUUCCUGGGAUCGGUGACCCGAUGGAGGAAGGGAUGGCCGAUGUGGGACUGGAGGAGGCCAAACCGGAGGAGGAGCACUCUUUAGACAAGGAGGUCGAGGCCCUUAGGGAGCUUGCCAAGCCGCUUGAGUUCUCCUCGGUGUACCUAGCCAGACCGAUGAAGUCCAGAAGCAAGGCGGAUGCGCUUCGAGCUGUUCAAGAACUUUAUGUACAACUUCGGAGCCAAGGGUUUCCAGUUUGCAAGCUGCACAUGGACAGGGCACGCGAACUUCAAACAGAUGCGCUCGAAGCAUGGGCUGCGGCACGGGACAUUGAUGUGACCCGGACCCAAGGUUCGGAUCCACCCGCCAAUGGGACGGCAGAGAGGGCUGUUGGCUACUUAAAGUCUCGCAUGCGGGUUCUUCUGGGCCAAGCGAAACAACUUGGUGAUGUCGAUGAUGAGACGUUGCGUUCAUGGUGGCCUUUUGCAGCCGAGACAGCAGUUGCCCAGCAUCAAGCCCUGGUCUUUCAGCGAAAACUACCUACGGUGGCCCGCUUUGGAUCCAAGGUCUUUACCAAGAGGAAGGGCUAUGGAGUCGGAGGUCGUUUCGAUCUACAACCUCGUUGGCUGUCGGCUACUUACCUGGGUCCGGCCCGUUCCGUUCCAGGGGGGCACUUGGUGUUCACCGAUGAGGGGAACCUGUGGUAUACCACCCAUAUUCGUCAGUUCGAGGACCCUCCGGCCGAGGACGAAGCUUAUGAAGCUGAGGCAGAUGAGCCUGUCCCACCUGCUAGGCGAGUUCGACGGAAAUCUUCAAUUGUUGACCUUGCAGGUGGAGUUGGUUUGAUGCCAGGGAUGAGUGGCGAGCCUCUCGGGGACGGUGCUGCUAAGGCCGGGUUGAAGUCGAUUGUGAAGGUCGCGGAGCAAUCUACCAGUUCGUCGUCAGAUGAGGUGGCGUCCGAGGCAAUGGUGCUUGACGAGUUUGAGGUGCCCUCGGAGUUCUCCCAGAAGGUUGAGGGUGGCGGCGAUCAAGGUGAUCUAGCAGCAGAAUUUCUACGUGAUGGCCGUUUUACAAUGGAGGACUGUCUAAGGGUCUUGGAAAAUGAAAGGUUCCUGAAGACCAGGAAGCAGAGAGCCUCGGCGUGGAAGGACAAUGAGGCACCCCAAGUGCAUACCACGUUGGGAGCAUUUCAGCGGGGACCUUGGUCGGGUGUUACGACAGCUACUACCAGGCAUCGAUCAUUGACUGAGUACUUGGUCGCGCUGUACCAGCACCAUUGUGGUCCGGGUGCUACUUUUACCUCUAUGACUGUGGCUAGAGACUUGUGCACGGACGCCCACCGAGACAAAUUCAACCUACGCAACUCCAAGAACUAUGUGAUCACCGUUGGGAAUUUCUCUGGAGGUGGAAUUUGGCAGGAGGGUGUUUGCGACGGCAGUCCACAAGUUUCCAUUGAGACGGAAAGUGGCAAGGUUGUGAAUGGGUUCGUCAGUCCGGUACACAACCGGGUUGUGAAUGUGGACCCAAAGAAACUACACAAAACUAUGCCCUGGGAAGGUGGCCCAAAGUGGACGAUCAUUGCGCACACCGUCGGGUACCAUGGGAAACUGAGCGAGGACCAUAGAGGAUGUUUGAGAGAUCUUGGCUUUGUGUUGCCCUCCAAUCCGGAGCUGAAGGUGAUGAAGACACCAGAUGUUCAAGUCCGUGAAGGCGGUGGGGAGGCAUCAUUGGACAUUCCAGGACAAUUUCCUCCUUCUGAUGAUCCUGAGGAGGAGCUAUGGACUCGAAUUUGGACAAGAAGGCUCCUGGAUGAGGAGGAGGUUCUGGCAGCUGCGGUUCCUUCCAAAUGGUCCGAAGACUUCAAGGGGGUGUCCGAGGCGAACAUGAAGAUCGCUGAGGAGUAUGAUCAACUCGAGAGGUUGUGCAAGGACCGCUAUGAUGUUGAGGGAUGGCUCACGUUGUGUAAGCUGGCCGAGGGACCAGAAGAAACACAUGGGGUGGAAGCGCUGUUGGAGGUUUUGUCCAAUCCCCUCAAGGUUGUCUACACUGUGCCAUUGGAUGAAGUCAAGCAGUUCAUUGGGAGGUGGACCGAGGCCAUAGUGAAGGAGGCGGAUGCCCUGAUCAAGGCUAAGGCUUUGGUACCUUUGUCUCAGGAGGAGCAGCGUGCGCUCGAAGCAAGCGGAAAAUUGGUCAUCCUUCCGGCAAAGGGGGUGUUCACUGUGAAGCCGCCUGAUCAAGAACGACUAGUCGGUGAUGAUGGUCAACCUCUUCCUCCUGGUGAUCCCUCCUUCUACAAGAGAAAAGCGAGGCUUGUUAUCUGCGGAAACUUUCAAGGAAAGCAAGCUCAGGAGGACUCCUACGCGGGAGGUUGUCAGACGGACAGCCUUCGAAUCAUGCUUGUGCGCUGUGCCGUACUAGGUUGGUUCAUUGCCUCGACCGACAUUCGCAAUGCCUUUAUCCUUGCCCCGAUCCAGGAAGAAGAUGAGGAGGAGGACACGGUUUAUGCUCUUUACCCCCCAAAGGUCCUUGUGCUUGCCAAGGUUGAGUACGCUCUUCGGCUGUGGAGAGUUGAUCGUGCUCUUUAUGGUUUUCGUCGCUCUCCUAGACUUUGGGGAAGGUUCAGAGAUAAGCGUUUGAGGUCGGCAAGGAUCGAGUUUGAGGGUGGCUACAUCUACUUGUCUCAGCACAAGGCCGACGAGAACAUUUGGUCGGUUAAGGUCGUGUCAGCCGAAGGUGAAGAAAGGGUACGAGCCUACAUCAAUGUGUAUGUCGACGACAUCUUGUACAUCGGAGAAGUUCCGGUGAUCGAAGCGGUGCAGAGGUGGCUGACCAGUGAAUGGAAGGCCUCCGAGUUGUCAUGGGCUUCUGAAAAGGUUGACAUCAGGUUCUUGGGCCUGGAGAUCGGGCGAACCAAAUGUGGAGGCGUUCGGAUUCACCAGGGAGGCUACAUUGAUGAGCUGCUGAGGCAUCACAACAUGACUGAGGAAAAGGGCUACCUCACUCCGUGUCCACAAGAAUGGCUUCUUGGUGAAGCAGAAUGCCCUGAGGAGGAGCAUCCUCUGGAAACUUUGAGGAGAGCUCAAACCUUAACGGGUGAAGUUCUCUGGCUGAGUGGUAAGUCAAGGCCUGACCUCAUGCAUGCGAUUGCAACUAUGUCGUCUUGGUGUUUGCGGAAUCCUUCGUUGGUGGAGCGGAUUGGUGUGAGAGUUUUGGGGUACCUGAAGCAAACCCGGAACUUAGGUCUCGUGUACGAGCCAACAAGCGCCGAUCACUACAUCGAGGGCUUCUCGGACGCAUCCUUUGCACCAAGUGGAAGUCGGAGUGUUGGUUGCAGCUUGACUCGAUAUCUGGGUCAGCCAGUUGCCUGGCGCUCCGGACGGCAGGCCCUAGUUUCCUUGUCUGUUGCUGAAGCGGAAUUGAUCGAGGCUGUCAGUACUGUUCAACUUGCUUAUGGUGUGGCUUCAAUCACAGAGGAGAUUCAUGGAGGCCCACCCGAGAUCGUCAUCAAGGUUGACAACACUGCAGCGAUAGGGUUGUGUAACGAGAGCAGUGGUACUUGGAAGACGCGCCACCUCAAGGUGAGGGCUUUCCACCUGAGGGAAGCAGUCCGGUCCAAGGAACUUCGCGUUGAACACAUCCCUGGACUUCAGCAGUUAGGGGACUUGGGAACCAAGGCAUUCCACCGACCUCGACUGCAAGAGCUUCUUCGUCUUUGGGGCCUACUGGAGCCAGGAGAUUCUUCGACUGUUGAAGUUGAAGGAGGUCAUUCCCAUAAGGCGCGGGUGAACGGCACAAUGGCUGUGCUGGCCAAACUGGUGCUGCUUAUGGGGUGGAUGGUUCAAGGAUCCAGGGCGUCUGAGACAGACCGUGGAGCGGGACUGGAAGUGAGUUUCCCCUGGGAGAUGUAUGCUGUCGGGGGCCUCAUGUUGGUUGCUUCGAUAGCCGUGUGGGAAGGAGUCAAGUGGAGGUUGCAGCAGACGAUUUCCGAGGAGGUUGCGCGCUACGAUCUGGAUUCUCAGGAAGUGCAGGCGGAGGCGAUCUACACCCACGCGUUUGACACCCACAAGGGCCCGAUCUUCGUGGGAGUCGAGCGUGAAUUCUACGGUUUCUGUUGGGAUCCAGACGGCGCUCUGCAAACCGAGGAGGAGUGUUCGUGCCCGCUGAACGGAAUCGUGGCUCAAGACAUGAAAAGGGUUCGGCCAGCUUUCUUCAUGUGCUUUCUGGUCCCUUACGACGACCAGAUGCUCUUCGAGCACUUUGAGAAAGCAAUGAAUAGACCCUAUGGCGACAUUCGGCGCGCUCCGCGCGGCAGCGAUCGCUCCCGCCGCAGCUGGCAGGGUAUGAGCCCAAACCUCACGCAUACCAUCGAGGGUGAAGCUACCGGCCCAGACUACGGGCGUGCGGCUCUCGAGCCGCUGCGUGAUCUUCAGAGUGAGAGUGGGAGACAGGAUGCGGCACAGCUGAUGAAUGGUGUGGGUGGAAGUGCGGCUACAUUGAGUGGUUUGCCUCAGCCUACGGGAACCAGUGCUGUGCGUGGGGCAGGGACGGCUAUGGUGGCACCAGUGCAAGCGCUGCGUGAGCUUCCAUUAGAGAGUGGAACUGCGGGCUUGCCUACUUCCCGAGUGAGGGAUGAAACCGGACCGGGUGACGCGGCGCAUGGUUUUUCCGGACAGGUGCGCGACGAUACGUUUACGAGUGGAGCACCGUUAUUUCCUCAGUUCUUUCCCUCACCUCUGCCGGGCCAAUCACCGGUGGCUACUCGUGGGGCGUCGACUACAAGGGCAGCAACGUGGUUGUCAAAGAUCGGCGACUACCUUCAGAGAACUGUGGAAGUGACUUCAUGGUCGGCGCACGGGUCGCCGGGGCAAGCUUCUCCAGGGCAGUGGCCCCUUCAAGAUGGUUCUUUGGCUACAGUUCGUCCGCAGCUGCCAGUGGCAUCUCGCCACCCGGCACCUGCGGUGGAAAACAGGCCCCCAUCGUCUUCGGGGUCCGCUGGGAUUUCGCCAGAGCUUGUCCAGGCGGAAGUGGCCAAGCAAGUGGAAGCUGCAAUGGGUGAUCUUCACGAUCAACUUCGGCGAGAACGGCAGCGCACGGAUGAGGCCAUGCGUGAAGCGAAGCUCCUGAAGCAACAGUUGGAGGCUCAGGAAAUGAGAGUGAUGUUGGAGCCGAGACAAGUUGCGGCUCUUCAGUUACCGCCCCCUCCGGGGUUGCAGGAUCGUCCUGGGCAGAGCCUCGGAGUUUCAGGAGUUACCACGAAUCAUCCUCCCCUGGUCCCUUGUGAUCUAGAUGAUCAGCAGCAGGUGUCGGUUGCCCGGGGUCUACCUGGUCUUCAGCAUCAAGGUGCCGGUCCCCAUGGCGGAGUAGACUACGGUAGAGAAUUGAGUUCUACAGUGCAAGUUGGUGAUGUUCCGGGAGUUUAUCAAGGCGUAGAACCUGGCGAUAUGAGCAUCGGAGUUUCAGGAGUUACCGCGAAUCAUCCUCCUACUGGUCUUUCUUCACCGAUGCCGGCGUCUAGGCCACGAGCAAGAACGCAGUCACCAGGUCCCCGUGCCUUUUUCCAAGGGCUCUUCAGUCGCAGUGGUCAAGAUAAAGAUGAACCGCCGAAGGUCUCUACUGCAGCUCCUACCUACAUGCCCGUGUCAGGAGCUCCGCAAGGUUCAGCAGCAGCAUCGGCAACACCGGAGAACAACUUGCUGGCAACCAUGGCCCGUGGGAUCGAAGCCUUACUCAGUCAACAACAAGCUCCGAAGGGUGACCGCCCAGAGACAGUCAAGCCGGGGAUCAGUGAGCUACCAGCUUUGCCGGAGUAUGAGCCAGCCACUGGAUCCAUUGACCUCCUUCAUUGGAUCACUCAUAUUGGUCCGAUCAUGGAAGACCUUUCUGACACGAGCUAUGCUUGGUGGCAUGCUACGAUGAAGGCAGCGCUGAGUUGGUAUGCUCGUUACAGCACGGCAGCGCCUCUGGAGCGUCUUCCACUGAGACCACAGCCGUCUUUGGAGUUGUCUAAGCCAGAAUGGAGCCGGGUGGAGCGACGUGCGACCGCCAUGCUCCUCACGGCGGUCCCCAAGUCGGUCCGGGAGGAGAUCAUCGCCUACGGCCAGGUGUCGUCCCUGAGCCUCCUUUGUAAACUCUAUGCCACGUACCAGCCGGGGAACUUGCAGGAGAAGGGGCUUGAGGAAGUGGAGUCUGUGGAGGAAGAGGGCGACUACGAUUGGAAUGGCGGUGGAUGUGAGUCCGAGUGCCACGACGGUGACAACCUUUCUUCACCACCUCCAGGCGGAGAUGGAGCAGCAAGCGAGGCUUGGGGCUUCCCGACCUUCGGCCUCAAGCACGCCUGGGCUGCGCGCUAUGUCGACUACGGAGUCUACCCCCUCGGGUACGCCUUCGGCAACGACUGCUCCGCCGCCGGGUACCAGGCCGUCGAAUGGGCUAUGCAAGUUCUUUCAGGGACUGCAAGUCGCCAGGAGGAGGACAAUCACCAACGAGAACAACACGAUGCUCCGCCGCGAAAGGUGAACUUCGAGGGUGACGGUGCCGUUCAAGCUAAGGUGCUGCAAGCUCUCAAGGAGGUCAAGGACCUCCCUUUGUUCAAGUCAGUGAUGGAUAGGGUUCAUCGCUGGACCUCUUCAGGUGGGCUUCCAUCGCCGCGUUCGAGGUUGGCGCUGCUGGACUCUGGGGCCACGCAUGUCUUGAGGGGGCCCCGAACAGGGUCUGAGUGGGAUCAGGCCAAGGAUGUGCAUGUGCAGUUGGCCGGCGACUCAUACACGUCGAUGAAGCAGACCGAGACCGGAUCCUUGUUGUCAGGGGACCAGCUUGCCCAGGUGAUCGUCCCGCUGGGAAAGGUCAUAUCGACGCUGGGAUAUUCGUUGAACUGGUCCAAGGAUGCAUGCCAGCUUGAGGGUGCUGAUGGUGAGGUUAUUCCGUUGGAGGUCGUUCGGGGCUGUCCACAAGUGAGUGAACACAUUGCUCAGCGACUAUUUCUCGCCUCGAAGGCGAUCAGCUUCAAGACCUACAUGAAGCUACGGACGCUACGGUCAAGGUCUUGA